AUAGAUAUAUAUAGUGACACCCACCGGAAGUAAACACACACUAGUUGCAUUAGCUAGGUGCAUGUUAGCAGUUAGCUGGAAGACGCUAGUGUGGUCGUUUCUCGGGUAAAUAUUCAAGUAGUGGACGGAGCAGUGAUGUCUUCGGUUCAGUAUUUGAGAGCGUUUAUCAGCGAGCGACUAACAGCUGCUGCUGAGGAGAUAUUCACGGUCUUUGAAAAAACCAUCGUCCAGUACGAAGAAGAGGUGGAUCGUCAGCGCAGACUGCUGGAGACCGUUUUGAAACCUGAAAUAAAGCUGCACAGGAUCGAGCUCCCACAGCAGCAUGUCUGUAAGGAGGAGGAGGUUCUCACUGACCAGCAGCUCUGUCCCCAGGAGAGGAACUCCAGUCUGGACCAAGAGGAACAAGAACCUCCACAGAUUAAAGAGGAACAGGAGGAAGUCUUCACCGGUCAGGAGGGAGAGCAGCUCGUACUGAAGCAGGAGACUGAAACCUGCAUGUUGACUCCUCAUUGUGAGGAAAGUGACCAUAGAGAACCAGAGGGUGAUCACCAGCUCCUCUCUCACAACUCUCCUGUAGCUGAGAGCCAAGACCAGAACAGAAGAAAACAUUUGGAUUCAGAAUCAACAGGAAAUGAAGAAUCAAACCCACAGAAGAGUUUUCAUGAAAAUAAAAAUCACAGUAACGAUGUGUACAACUCUCCCAAAUCAGAGAUUAACUCUAAUACUCAAACAGAGCCCCCACAGCAGCAUGUCUGUAAGGAGGAGGAGGUUUUCACUGACCAGCAGCUCUGUCCCCAGGAGAGGAGCUCCAGUCUGGACCAAGAGGAACAAGAACCUCCACAGAUUAAAGAGGAACAGAAGGAAAUAUGCACCAGUCAGGAGGGAGAGCAGCUUGUACUGAAGCAGGAGACUGAACCCUGCAUGUUGACUCCUCAUUGUGAGGAAAGUGACCAUAGAGAACCAGAGGGUGAGCACCAGCUCCUGUCUCACAACUCUCCUGUAGCUGAGAGCCAAGAUCAGAACAGAAGAAAACAUGUGGAUUCAGGAUCAACAGGAAAUGAAGAACCACACCCAAAGAAGAGUUUUCAUGAAAACAAAAGUCACAGUAGCAAUGUGGACAACUCCCCCAAAUCAGAGAUUAACUCUAAUACUCAAACAGGUAAAAAGUCUUUCAAAUGUGAAACUUGUGGAAAAACGUAUAUUUAUAAGUAUAAUUUGAAGAUUCAUCUGAGAACACACACGGGUGAAAAACCUUAUUUAUGCAAAAUAUGCACGAAAGGAUUUGGGCGUGGUGAUGAACUGAGAGUCCACAUGAGAAUUCACACUGGUGAGAAGCCAUAUUCUUGCCAAACAUGUGGAAAAAGUUUUAGACGUAGUGAUGACUUAAAAAUCCACCUGAGAAGCCACACUGGUGAGAAGCCAUAUUGUUGCCAAACAUGUGGUAAAUGUUUUGUAAGUAGUAGUAAAUUGAGAGUCCACAUGAGAGUUCACACUGGUGAGAGGCGUUUUUCGUGCAAAAUAUGUCAGAAAAGUUUUGUCAAAAGUUGUGGUUUGAAAGUUCAUAUGAGAAUUCACACUGGUGAGAAGCCAUAUUCUUGUAAAAUAUGUCAGAAAUGUUUUGUGAAAAGUUCUAAUUUGAAAGUCCAUAUGAGAAUUCACACUGGUGAGAAGCCAUAUUCUUGCCAAACAUGUGGGGAAAGGUUUGGACGUAGCAAUGAAUUGAAAUGCCACAUUAGAACUCACAGUUGAGAAGCCACAUUCUUGUGAAACAGUCAUGAAAUGUUUUGGAACUAGUUGAAAUUCUAUCGCACUAUGGGGUACAGAUAUUACUUGACAUAUUUGGAAAUCAUACUAGAUGAAUUUUUAUUUUAAAUUUAUGUUGGAGUAGUUUGGGUUAUAUCCAAAUGAUCAACAUAUUUUGCCUUCAAAUGUGAAACAAACUGAUGCAGUAUAAGUAUUGGCUCUAUGAAAUGUGCCAAAUAGAGAAACUUGUAUUUCAUUCACUAGAAUGUUUCUUUCAAUGCUGGUUCCUCAGAAUGAUGUUCACAAUUGGAUGUAUUAUAACUUUUAAAAUCUCAUUGUAAAUUCCAACAUUGCUGUGAAUCUACACAGGCAGGUGUCCAUAUAUGUCAGAAAGGGGCACUAUAAACAUUUGAGAUGUGAAGAUAAAGCUGACCCAUCAAAGUUGGCCAUAUUCUUGACAAUGUGGUUUUUUUGGAAGGUAGUAAGUUAAAGUUAUGUCAAACUCCACAUGAGACCUCACACUGGUGAGAAUCUGUUGUCCUACAAUAUCUGUGGGAGAAGAUUCACACAGCAGAACACAUGAGAGAGCUCUUAGUGAUCUUCCUGGAUGACUCCACCUCAGUCGGCCCUCACGUUCUCUACUCUUCUCAUCUCAUCUCAUGUCAUUAUAUACCAACCCACUUUCCAUCCCUUUACUGGCUAUACUAGCCCCAUGCACAGACUUUACCACUUACAUAUUCUUAUAUACUCAUAUAUAUAUAUAUUUAUAAAUUUUUUUUUUUUGUACUAUCCACUCCAGCAGCACAUGAACACUUUCCUACUGGACACUGACAUAAUAAAUGCAUUUUGUACCAUAGGGUCAGACCCAUUCCUGUAUCCGUAAUAUGUUCUCCCAAUGUGUAUGUGAUUCAUGUAUGUAUGUCGGUGGGGUGUAUAAGUGUAUAAGCUACUGGAUGAUUUAAAUUUCCCACGGGAUUCAAUAAAGUAUCCAUCUAUCUAUCUAA